CAUCGCCUCUGGCUUGUUCACUCGCCGGCGCCCACUUCCUGCAUUUGACCCCCUGUUCCUCUUGCAGCCUGCCCUAUGCACCUCCACGACUACGGUUUCUUAGUCUGAUAGCCUUCGCGAACACUCAGCCUUGACCGAAUCCAGUUGGGGUUGUGCCAUCAUGGCUGUCACUCUGAAGCGGAAGCGAGGUGCUGUAUCUUACAAAGAACCGAGCACCGACGAGGACUCCUCAGAUGACCUUGCCCACGCGCCAAAUCCGGAAUGGGCUACCAAAAGGACUCGCGCUGCGCCUUCCCAACGCUCCACGAGACAUCGGCAGGUGCGGGACUCGAACGCUCGACCUCAACCAGAUGCUAUCCCCACACGCAGCCGCGCGAAGACCGAGCCACGAGGCUCACAGCGCCAGCGAGGGCGCAACAUUUCCUACAAAGACGUCAGCUCGGACGAAGAAGAAGACCCCGAUGCGGAUUUCGAAGAACCACAACAAGCCCGUGAGGCUUCGAGAAGACCCUCAAGGUCGCGAACGCUGGCAGUGCGGCCGCUACCAUCGCAGAAGCGGCGAACAUCCAAAGCCAGAUCACAACGUGGACUGGUUCUUGGUGCGCCCCGAAAACCUCAAGUUCUAGUUGACACGGUGAAAAAUGUUGUAUCUAUCCCUACUGAUGGCCACAAACCGGACUGGGCGUCGUUGCCCUAUCAUGUUCUCCUUCAAGUUUUCGUAUAUGCGUCGUAUCCUCUACACGACGAAAAUUUGAAGCCUGCACCUUCAAUAUCAUGGCUCGUGCAAAUGGCCCGAAUGUGCUCUGCAUUCACGAAGCCAGCUCUCACUGCUCUCUAUCGCAACCCACCCAUUUUCGCUAUCAAGCAGACUCGAAAGGGUUUGGUGCAUCACCUUAUUACAACUCCAUCUGAAGCACAUGAGAAUUAUCAAGUUAUGGUCAAGCGGCUUGACUUGGACGUUACGCAGAUGACUGCACUCACAGACGCAACCCAUAGUGUUGCUGACUUGGCAGCAUUGAUAAAAUCCUUGACGACUUUACGCGAGAUUGACAUCUUCGACCCAAUAGACAGGCCGCCUUUCAGAGAACGAUUGCGGCGCAUGCGUCGGUGGUUUUAUCCCGAUGAAUUGUUUGCGGCUCUCCGCCAAAGUGAUUUGCGUCUCAGGAGCUGGCGGUGGAACAGCACCCUCUGUCAACAGACUCAAGACUCUUUGUGGAUGAAGACAGUCCAUGGCGAUCGAGCUUUCACAAAUCUUCGCGAACUCACACUCACAAAGUUUCAUCCUUCACCAUCCCGCGAUGACGGCGACGACGAGAACAGCGACGAUGGUCAGCCAACAGCCGAAGAGCUGCUCGCUUCCGCUCUUGCUGUCCUUCCCGACCUCAAGUCGCUGUCUUUUGAAACAUGUGGAGUCGUCAGCGGACGUCUUCUCCCUCUUUUGCCACAAAGUCUUGUCUGUUUAAACAUCACUAACUGUGGUGAACUACUUUCUGAUGCGUUACAAUCCUUCCUGACAACGCAUGGUGCACAAUUGGAGGAACUUGUUCUGAACCACAACCAGUCACUCGACCUCUCCUUCUUAGUUGACUUGAAGCGCUCUUGUCCGAAAUUGGAAGUUCUGCAGAUGGACACGACUUAUUACAGUUCUCUAGAAAUGUCAUCUGACAACGAGCCGUUGUACGAUCAACUUCUUGGCGAGGACGAAAUACCUACCUGGCCUUCUACAUUGCGAAUUAUCGAUCUGGAGUAUCUUCGCAACUGGAACUCGAUAGCAGCCAACAAUUUCUUUCAGUCUCUGAUUGACUCUGCGGAAGAUCUGCCCUGGCUUCGAGAAAUCACCAUACUGGCGAUGGUGGAUACCGACUGGCGACAGCGUGCUGAGUUUAGGAGAAAGUGGAGUGCUACUUUCAAGAGGGUCUUUGCAAGAAACUGGGUGCCACCUAGCCACAACCUUGUAUCUUUGAAAGCCUUUAGGGAAUGGAAGGCCGAGGAGGUAGACGCUGAGAAGGUUGACUCCUUCAUCGAAGGUGUAUCGGAAGAGAUGGACAAGGCGAACGACACGGCGAAGACAUAUGUGGAGAAUGACAGCGAUACACCGCUUCUCUCUUUGCGUGAGCAGGAUGAGAGAUGGAACCAAAAACGCCUACGAUCACGAUCGAAAGCGCCAACGAGCCAUGAUGAAGCUUCAGACGACGAGUCCGCUUCUGAGGCGGAGUCGGAUGACGAGGACAGGGUGCUAUGCGUGCAGGGUUUGUGUCAUACGGUAAUAUUCCGCAUUGACAACUUUCGCCCGCGUGAGGAGAUAUACAACGAAGCCGACUUUCUCGACGCAGAGCCGAGCGGCGACGAGGAAUGGAACGGUAAUGACGAUAACGAGGAUGAGGAAGGCUAUGCUUGGUAACGGCUUCGUGGAGUUAUGACGCCGACUUGGGGGACGCGGGAUAUGUUGCAUGGGCUGGCGUUGAGUGAAUGUUUGUACAAGUAGCGUUGUAUCAGUAAUGGGCAUGCAUCAGGCGCUGAUGUUGGGCCGCGACGAUGGCCUGGAAAAUGAAGACAUGCACAGGGCACUGAGAUACGGUAGCCAUGUGCAGGGUAGAGGUCGGCUCCCAUUGGGCCACACCGAUAGAACUGCUAUAUACCAUACUAUCCC